CCUCCUUUGAUGUCUGGGGCGUUCUUGUAUUCGGUGAUCUUUUGCGCCGUCUUCUUGCUUGAUGUCUCCUGAGCGGCGGCGGCGCCGGGUUGAGGACUGAGUUAUCCGCGAGGCCCCGCGCUCAAGCCGCCUUCUCCUGCCGGUCGGUAGAACGGACCCUUUGCUUUAUUCGUGCCUCCUCCUUCUUUUUCCCUGUGGCUCAGCUUGUCCGCUGGACUGCAAACCGAGCUCCCGUCUGUCUUGCAGAUUUCCAUGAAGACAACUUACAAGGACCUGUAUGGCCUCAUUUUAGCUGCUUCAGUGUGUUGGAGCUGUUACUUGCUCCUUCAUUUCCUGGGCCUGGUGUGACAGUGGCUACUGAGCGCCAUGAAGGUUGUCCCAGAAAAGAAUGCUGUCCGGAUACUCUGGGGGCGAGAACGGGGUGCUCGGGCCAUGGGAGCUCAGCGGCUUCUGCAGGAGCUGGUGGAAGAUAAAACCCGGUGGAUGAAAUGGGAGGGCAAGAGAGUAGAACUGCCGGAUAGUCCACGCUCUACCUUCUUAUUGGCCUUCAGCCCAGACAGGACUCUCUUAGCCUCCACCCAUGUGAAUCAUAAUAUCUAUAUUACGGAGGUGAAGACUGGCAAGUGUGUUCAUUCCUUGAUUGGACACCGCCGUACUCCGUGGUGUGUCACUUUUCAUCCCACCAUCUCAGGCCUUAUUGCUUCCGGCUGCCUAGAUGGGGAAGUUAGGAUUUGGGAUUUACACGGUGGCAGUGAAAGCUGGUUCACAGAUAGCAACAAUGCCAUUGCCUCCCUGGCUUUCCACCCUACGGCUCAGCUCCUGCUGAUUGCCACUGCCAAUGAGAUCCACUUCUGGGACUGGAGUCGACGGGAACCCUUUGCUGUGGUGAAGACAGCUAGUGAGAUGGAACGGGUCCGUCUGGUGAGAUUUGAUCCACUUGGACACUACUUACUCACAGCAAUUGUUAACCCCUCUAAUCAACAGGGUGAUGACGAACCAGAGAUCCCCAUAGAUGGAACAGAAUUAUCCCACUACCGUCAGCGUGCCCUCCUGCAAUCACAGCCAGUUCGCCGGACACCUCUCCUCCACAAUUUCCUGCACAUGCUGUCCUCCCGCUCUUCUGGCAUCCAGGUGGGAGAGCAAAGCACAGUGCAAGAUUCUGCUACCCCCUCACCCCCACCGCCUCCCCCUCAGCCCUCCACGGAGCGCCCCAGGACUUCCGCUUACAUCAGGCUCCGACAGCGGACCGAGCCCUUCCAUCCCCCGGAGCAGGCCUCGUCAACGCAGCAGGACCAGGGCCUCCUGAACCGGCCGUCUGCCUUCAGUACAGUCCAGAGCAGCACUGCCGGCAACACGCUCCGCAACCUCAGUCUGGGUCCUACCCGCCGCUCUUUGGGAGGGCCUCUGUCUAGCCACCCUUCUAGGUAUCACCGAGAAAUAGCUCCCGGGUUGACAGGAUCUGAGUGGACCCGGACAGUACUCAGUCUGAACUCCCGCUCUGAGGCGGAAUCCAUGCCCCCGCCCAGGACCAGUGCCUCUUCAGUGAGUUUGCUGUCUGUGCUGAGACAGCAGGAAGGUGGCUCUCAGGCAUCUGUGUACACUUCAGCCACAGAAGGGAGGGGUUUUCCAGCAUCAGGGUUGGCAACUGAGUCAGAUGGAGGGAAUGGCUCCAGCCAAAAUAACUCGGGCAACAUUCGUCAUGAGCUUCAGUGUGACCUGAGACGCUUCUUUUUGGAGUAUGACCGGCUUCAGGAGCUGGAUCAGAGCCUGAGUGGGGAAGCUCCCCAGACCCAGCAGGCCCAGGAAAUGCUCAACAAUAACCUUGAAUCUGAAAGGCCAGGCCCUUCCCACCAGCCCACCCCACACAGCAGUGAGAACAACUCCAACCUGUCCCGUGGCCACCUGAAUCGCUGUCGUGCUUGCCACAAUCUCCUGACCUUCAACAACGAUACCCUGCGCUGGGAAAGAACCACACCUAACUACUCCUCUGGCGAGGCUAGCUCCUCCUGGCAGGUCCCCAGCUCCUUUGAGGGUGUGCCAUCGAGUGGCAGCCAGUUACCACCUCUUGAGCGGACUGAGGGCCAAACGCCCAGCUCCAGCAGGCUGGAGUUGAGCAGCUCUGCUAGUCCGCAGGAGGAGAGGACUGUGGGGGUGGCCUUUAACCAGGAGACAGGCCACUGGGAAAGAAUUUACACCCAGUCCAGCAGAUCUGGAACUGUGUCACAGGAGGCCUUACAUCAGGAUAUGCCUGAGGAAAGCUCUGAGGAGGAUUCACUCAGGAGGAGGCUGCUGGAAUCUUCCCUCAUUUCAUUAUCCCGUUAUGAUGGAGCAGGAUCCAGAGAGCACCCAAUUUACCCAGACCCAGCGAGAUUAUCUCCUGCUGCAUACUACGCCCAGAGGAUGAUCCAGUAUCUCUCACGGAGAGACAGUAUUCGCCAGCGCUCCAUGCGCUACCAACAGAACCGUCUCCGUUCUUCCACCUCCUCCUCUUCCUCAGACAACCAGGGUCCAUCAGUAGAGGGAACCGACUUGGAAUUUGAGGACUUUGAGGACAAUGGUGACAGAUCCAGGCACCGAGCUCCACGCAAUGCCCGGAUGUCCGCACCUUCGCUUGGACGCUUUGUCCCAAGGCGUUUCUUGCUGCCUGAGUACUUGCCUUAUGCUGGGAUUUUUCAUGAACGUGGACAGCCUGGCUUGGCUACUCACUCUUCUGUUAACAGGGUCCUGGCAGGUGCAGUGAUCGGUGAUGGACAGUCUGCCGUGGCCAGUAACAUUGCCAAUACUACCUACCGGCUCCAGUGGUGGGACUUCACUAAGUUUGACCUCCCUGAAAUCAGUAAUGCCUCCGUGAAUGUGCUGGUGCAGAACUGCAAGAUCUACAAUGAUGCCAGCUGUGACAUUUCUGCAGAUGGCCAGCUCCUGGCAGCUUUCAUCCCCAGCAGCCAGAGGGGCUUUCCCGAUGAAGGCAUCCUGGCAGUAUACUCCCUGGCCCCCCAUAACCUGGGCGAAAUGCUCUACACCAAGCGAUUUGGUCCCAAUGCCAUUUCGGUGAGCCUGUCCCCAAUGGGCAGAUAUGUAAUGGUGGGCUUGGCCUCACGAAGGAUCCUGCUGCACCCCUCCACAGAGCACAUGGUGGCCCAGGUCUUCAGGCUGCAACAGGCCCAUGGUGGAGAGACCUCCAUGAGGAGAGUUUUCAACGUCCUUUACCCAAUGCCUGCCGACCAGCGGAGACAUGUCAGUAUCAACUCUGCCCGUUGGCUGCCUGAGCCAGGGCUUGGCCUGGCCUAUGGUACUAACAAAGGAGACUUGGUGAUCUGCCGACCAGAGGCCUUAAACUCUGGUGUUGAGUACUACUGGGACCAGCUGAACGAGACGGUCUUCACUGUCCAUUCCAACAGCAGGAGCAGCGAGCGGCCUGGAACCAGCAGAGCCACAUGGAGGACAGACAGAGACAUGGGGCUGAUGAAUGCCAUUGGGCUGCAGCCCCGGAACCCUACCACCUCAGUGACAUCUCAGGGCACCCAGACUCUGGCCCUUCAGCUGCAGAAUGCCGAAACACAGACUGAGAGGGAGGUGCCGGAGCCAGGGACAGCCGCCUCAGGUCCUGGUGAAGGUGAGGGAUCAGAGUAUGGUGCCAGUGGAGAAGAUGCACUCAGCAGGAUCCAGAGGCUGAUGGCAGAGGGCGGCAUGACAGCCGUGGUGCAGCGGGAGCAGAGCACCACCAUGGCCUCCAUGGGCGGCUUCGGCAACAACAUCAUCGUCAGCCACCGCAUUCACCGCAGCUCUCAGACGGGCACUGAACCUGGUGCCGCCCGCACCUCCUCACCCCAGCCCUCCACCUCUCGGGGACUGCUCCCAGAGCCCGGGCAACUGGCAGAGCGAGGCCUAAGCCCCCGGACAGCUUCCUGGGACCAGCCUGGUACCCCUGGGCAGGAGCCAACCCCACCACCCUUACCCUCCUCCUCCCCUGUCCCUGUUCCUGUUUCCCUUCCCAGCGCUGAGGGACCAACCCUCCACUGCGACUUGACCAACAACAACCACCUUCCGGAUGGUGGCAGCAGCAGGGGGCACUCUGCAGGCCCUAGGGGGGAACCACGGAACAGGUAGAGACAAACAUUGCACUGGUGCCUCCCCUCGAACCGCCAAGCAGAAACCGGACCUCACAGCUGACUGGGAACUGGACGUGCGGAAGAGCUGCUGGCUGCAUCAGGGAACAGGAGGAGGAGGGUCGGGGUGGAGAGGAGGUCAGUCAGUGGGCACGAGACAGUCGAAUGGGCAAGGCCUGCCUCGGGGAACUAGAACCUUCGAGGACAUGGAGCCCAGGAGAGCCACACUGUGGGCUUAAUGUGAAUGGAGGAGCGAGUGGGUAUCUCUGCUAGACACCCCACUUUCUCCUAGUAACAUGGGCUCAGGGGACUCAGCCCUGGACAGGGAGCCUCCAGAGAGUGAACAGUCUUCCAGAUCUGGGCCAAUCAUCCUGGACAGAGGCCCUCGAGGCAGCUUUGCCCUGUCCACCUGUUGGGUGGGCAGAGCCACCAGGA